AUGACUUCAAAAGCUGCCAGUUUACAUAAUCCAUAUUUCCAUAAAGAAGAAGGUGAGAAAGAUAUUUGGAGUUUAAUCAAUGAAGCUGCUCAUGAUGCUUCGGUAAACAAUCCCGAUAGACCAAUUUAUAAUUUGGGACAAGGUUUCUUCUCAUAUAAUCCACCAGAUUUUGCUUUAGAAUCAGUUGCUGAUGCUAUUUCAAAACCUCAAUUCAAUCAAUAUGCUCCAGCAAAAGGUAAUGGGAAUUUAUUAGCUAGUUUAAAACAAAAAUAUUCUAAAGAUUUUGGUUACGAUAUUACUACUGAUCAAAUUUCAAUCACUACUGGUGCUAAUGAAGGAAUGUUAUCGGUAUUUUUUGGAUUUUUAACUCCAGGAGAUGAAGUGAUUGUUUUCCAACCAUUUUUUGAUCAAUAUAUUCCAAAUAUUGAAAUGACAGGUGCUAAAGUUAAAUAUGUAGAAUUUGAAUUCCCUACCAAUUUUAGUAGUGAAAAUGUUACUGGUGAUGAUUGGAAAGUUAAUUUUGAACAAUUAGAGAAAACCAUCACCGAUAAAACCAAAUUAAUCGUUGUUAAUACUCCUCAUAAUCCAAUUGGUAAAGUUUAUAAUGAAGAAGAAUUAACUAAGAUUGGUGAAUUGGCUAUUAAACAUAAUUUAAUCAUUGUUAGUGAUGAAGUUUAUGAAAAUUUAUAUUUUGAAGAUAAAUUCCCAAGAUUUUCAACUUUAAAGAAUUUACCUGAAUUGAAAGAAAGAGUUUUAACUGUUGGAUCUGCAGGUAAAUCAUUUGCUGCCACCGGUUGGAGAGUUGGUUGGGUCAUUGGUGCUAAAGAACUCAUCAAAUAUGUUAUUGCUGCUCAUACAAGAAUUUGUUUUUCAACUCCUGCUCCUUUACAACAAGCUGUUAGUGAAGCUUUUGUUAAAGCUGAAGAAAACAAUUAUUUUGAAGUCACCAGACAACAGUAUUUAAAGAAAUAUGAAAUUUUCACUUCAGUGUUCGAUGAAUUAGGUUUACCUUAUACUACAGCAGCUGGAGGAUAUUUCUUACUUGUGAAUUUAUCUAAAGUUAAGGUUCCAAAAGAUUAUUCAUUCCCCGAUUCUUUCAAGAAUAAAACCAAUGAUUUCAAAUUAGCUUAUUGGUUAAUCAACGAAUUUGGUGUUGUGGGUAUACCACCAACUGAAUUCUUACACCCAGAUGCAAGAGUUGGUCAUGGAUUAGAAAAUUGUAUUAGAUUUGCUGUUUGUAAAGAUGAUGAAUUCUUGAAAAAUGCUACCGAUAGAAUUAGAUUAUUAAAAGAUUAUUUAUAA